AUGCCGCAAAAGGAGAUACGUAAACAGCAAAAGGAACAGGACCCAAAAGAAGUCACCACAGAGCAUCAGAAUGCGGAAAUGGGGCAGAGCCGAGCACAACCAGCGCACGUUCGGGAUUUGGGCGCUCCAUUUCUUCGAGACAAUGGAAUAAAUAUUAACUUCAGAACCUCUACAUUGUCGACAGAAUCUCCAAAUCCAGAACCUCCAGAACCUCAGAUUAUCCAACCACGUUCGGAAACACUCAUACCCGUCUUGACAGACAAGGAAGAUGGAACAACCUUAAUAAUCCAUGCGCAGAACAUCGGAGAAAAAGGGAUUGUAUCGGGAAAUAUUGUCAAUCAUGUAAAGGAUGGACAAAUAUUGGUCUCGCUUAUCAUCGGGGAUGCUUUUCCAAUUCCAAGGAUCGAUGAAAUUCUGGACCAACUAGGACGCUCCAGAUAUUACACUACGCUAGACCUCGCCAGUGGUUACCAUCAAGUACCAAUUCGACCACAAGACUGUGAGAGAUACGGGAUUUCAACAGACAAAGGUUCACUUCGAGUUUGUCCGAAUGCCCUUCGGACUAUGUGGUGCCCAGCACGUUUCCAGCGUUUGAUGAACAACGUGUUGACAGGACUGAAUGGUAUGAAGGCGUUUGUAUAUCUAGAUGAUAUUAUUAUACACGCAGUCGAUCUAAUGGAACACGAGACUAGGCUGGAAGAAGUAUUCCAACGAUUUGCGGAAAUUCAACCUACAGCUUCAACCGAACAAAUGUCAAUGUCCUUAGACGCGAAGUCAUCUACCUCGGACAUUUAA